CAUUCGCGCAAGGGAAGCAAGCGGCCACCAUGGCGCCAGCGCCUCCCCCAAACCUCCGCUAAACCCCGGGGCCAUGCCCGCCGCCUCCUCGUCCUCCACCGCCGCCGCCUCCCAAAAUGCCUCCUCCGCCCACGGCCAAGCCCCACCCGAACCCUCCCCUCCUCCUCCUCGCCCCCCUCCGCUCCCCGCCCGCCGCGCGCCACCUCGCCCCGCGGAGCAGGCGCCUCAGCUCCUCAUCUACCACCCGCGUGGCCGUCUCGCCGUCGCCGCCGCCGCCGGCCUCCGCGACGCCCUCCGACACGAGCGCGGCGCUGCGGGCGCUCUGCGUGCACGGCCAGCUGCCGCAGGCGCUCUGGCUGCUCGAGUCCUCCCCGGAGCCGCCCGACGAGGACGCCUACGUGGCGCUCUUCCACCUCUGCGAGUGGCGCCGGGCCGCGGACGCCGGGAUGCGCGCCUGCGAGCACGCCGACGCCUCGCACCCCACCUUCGGCCUCCGCCUCGGCAACGCCAUGCUCAGCAUGCUCGUCCGCUUCGGCGAGUCGUGGCACGCCUGGGGCGUGUUCGCCAAAAUGCCCGACCGGGACGUCUUCUCCUGGAACAUCAUGGUGGGCGGCUACGGCAAGGCCGGGUUCCUGGAGGAGGCGCUCGACCUCUACCACCGGAUGCUCUGGGCCGGGGUCAGGCCCGACGUCUACACCUUCCCCUGCGUGCUGCGCACCUGCGGGGGCGUCCCCGACCUGAGGAUGGGGAGGGAGGUGCACGCCCAUGUCCUGAGGUUCGGGUUCGGGGUCGAGGUCGACGUGCUCAAUGCGCUCGUGACCAUGUAUGCCAAGUGCGGGGACGUCGGGGCUGCACGGAAGGUGUUUGAUGGUAUGGCCUUGACUGAUUGCAUCUCGUGGAACGCGAUGAUCGCUGGGCAUUUUGAGAAUCAUGAGCACGAGGCGGGGCUGGAGUUGUUUCUGAACAUGCUGGAGAAUGAGGUGCAGCCGAAUCUCAUGACGAUAACCAGCGUGACUGUUGCGUCCGGAUUGCUGUCUGACCUUGAAUUUGCAAAGGAAAUGCAUGCGCUAGCAGUAAAAAGAGGUUUUGCCACUGAUGUUGCGUUCUGCAACUCUUUGAUUCAGAUGUAUACUAGUCUUGGGAGGAUGGGGGAAGCAUGCACGAUAUUCUCAAGAAUGGAGACCAGAGAUGCCAUGUCAUGGACAGCCAUGAUAUCAGGGUAUGAGAAAAACGGCUUCCCAGACAAAGCUCUUGAAAUGUAUGCACUGAUGGAAGUAAAUAAUGUAAGUCCUGAUGAUGUCACUGUGGCAAGCGCUCUUGCUGCCUGUGCUUCCUUGGGGCGAGUAGAUGUUGGCAUCAAGCUGCAUGAGAUUGCUACGAGCAAGGGCUUCAUCAGGUACAUUGUAGUUGCAAAUGCACUCCUUGAAAUGUAUGCAAAGUCCAAGCACAUUGAUAAAGCUAUUGAAGUUUUUAAGUACAUGCCUGAAAAGGAUGUAAUAUCAUGGAGUUCAAUGAUCGCGGGCUUUUGCUUUAACCAUAAGUGUUUUGAGGCUCUGUUCUGUUUCCGGCAUAUGCUGGCAGAUGUAAAACCCAAUUCUGUUACUUUCAUUGCUGCUCUUGCUGCUUGUGCUGCCACUGGAUCUUUGAGGUAUGGUAAAGAGAUUCAUGCACAUGUUUUAAGGCGAGGUCUGGCAUCUGAAGGUUAUGUACCCAAUGCUCUUCUGGACUUGUAUGUGAAAUGUGGCCAGACAGGCUAUGCUUGGGCACAGUUCAGUGCACAUGGUGAAAAGGAUGUUGUAUCUUGGAAUAUCAUGCUUGCUGGUUUUGUUGCUCAUGGACAUGGAGAUAUUGCUUUAUCAUUCUUCGAUGAGAUGUUAGAAACUGGAGAGCAUCCGGAUGAAGUUACAUUUGUUGCUCUAUUGUGUGGUUGCAGUAGGGCUGGAAUGGUUAGUCAAGGUUGGGAACUUUUUCACCGCAUGACUGAGGAAUACUCAAUUGUUCCAAAUCUCAAGCACUAUGCAUGCAUGGUGGAUUUACUGAGUCGUGUUGGGAGAUUAACAGAAGCUUACGACUUCAUAAAUAGAAUGCCUAUCACACCAGAUGCUGCUGUAUGGGGAGCCUUGUUGAACGGAUGUCGGAUACACCGGCAUACUGAACUUGGGGAGCUUGCUGCCAAAUUUGUCCUUGAGUUGGAACCUAAUGAUGCUGGAUAUCAUGUUCUUUUGUCUGAUUUAUAUGCUGAUGCUGGCAAAUGGGCUGAAGUGGCUAGAGUGAGAAAAACCAUGCGAGAGAAGGGAUUGGAGCAAGACUAUGGGUGUAGCUGGGUUGAGGUUAAAGGAGAUAUCCAUGCAUUUCUUACAGAUGAUGAAUCACACCCGCAGAUGAAAGAAAUAAGUGCUGUUCUACAUAGCAUAUAUGAGCGGAUGAAAGCAUCUGGUUUUGAUCCUGUUGAAUCUUAUUCUUUAGAAGAUAAAGAAGUAUCCAAGGAUGAUGUUUUAUGUGGCCACAGUGAAAGACUAGCUGUCGCUUUUGGUCUGAUCAAUACCACACCUGGCACCUCUAUUUUUGUCACAAAGAACCAGUACACUUGCCAUAGCUGUCACGGUAUACUGAGGAUGAUUUCUAAGAUUGUUCGCAGAGAGAUAACUGUCAGGGACACCAAGGAAUUCCACCAUUUUAGGGAUGGAAGUUGUUCAUGCGGAGGUUCAGGCUAAGAAGACUAUAACAUGCGGUCAUGUGCUAAUCUCACGUCAGUUCCGAAUCACCAGUACAUAAGUCUUUGGCAACAAGCAUUGUGAACUUGAUAUAUAUAGUCACUAGCAAGUAGGAGGAUAGCUUCGAUACGGCAACAUGCCCACCACCAGGCUGCUUGCUGCUUAGAUAAACAUAGCUUAUGUUUUGGGUUAUGCGUAGAAGCUCCAUGCAAAUUUACAGCUUGGUACAUGACAAAAGAUGGUGAAAAGUUAUCAGAGAUGCUGGGAAUUCGGUUCCAAUAUAUCUUGACCUCACAGAAAUCUCCUGAAGUAAUGCUUCUUGGAGAUGAUAUUUGCUUCCAACAACUUGCCAAAAGAAAUAUCAAGUAAGCUUAUUCUAGUAAAGGGCAGAGUAGUGGAUUGCAUGCUGUUUUGUUGAAUAUGAGUAACUGUAAUUGUAAUGCCUGUCAAAUGUCAACUAUAGGCUGUAUAAUGAUGGAGCCAUUGUUUAUAAGGCGGUAAAGCGACCUAAGGCGAGCAUCACCCGCUCUGAAGCCUAAGCGCCUAAAGCGGGCAUAUUUCUAAGGCACUGCCAGGGCGCCUUAUCGCUUAAGUGUCUAAAGCGGGACGCCUUGCAAACAAGGGGUGGAGCUGUGCUUUUUUUGCUGGUUUUAUGUUAAUAAUAGUGUAUGCAUGAAACUAGUCACUUCAGUGUUUUGAGAUGACUUGAUACCAGUCUGGACCGAGCACUAGCUCAGUGGUAGGGGCAUUGUUUAGUGCUCCAACUCAGCAGGGCUUGAGUCCUCACGGGAGCAAAUAUUGCAACUGAGGUUCUCACUUGUAAUUGAAAAACAUGAAGCUAAGGCAUUCAGAAUAAAAUAAAAAUAAAUUUGUGACUUGAAUUA